UCAGAGCUGCCAUGCGUCACUGCAAGUGCCGCCAACAUCACCAACAAAUUCGUCGCUGCUCAGUUUUUGUCUCCCCAAGUCCGCGUUUGUUCGUUAAUUGCACCAAUUCAACUUGUAAUCCCAGGAAUGAGGAAUUAAUGUUCUAUCCAGACUCGAAACUAGUGUUCUCAUGAAGGCAGUGACUGUUUUCCAACUGUAACUUGACAUCUCCUCGAACGUCACUAAUGGAUUUCGAUCUAAGCAAAGAAAAUAUUCAACCCUUGCGAGGAGGAAGAAAUGUCCAGCAAUUAGGGAUGGCUCUACAAGCGCAGACCAGCAGGGAAUAUCAAGCUGAACUCCUGCAUCAACAACAGGAGUUUGAAAAUCUCAUCAGAACAUAUGAAGGUGAAGACCCGCUAGAGAAUUAUUACAACUACAUCUCGUGGAUCGAACAGAGUUACCCGAAAAGGGGACACGAGGGAAAUUUAUUACCUUUGCUGGAAAGUUGCUUACAGUUAUUUGAAAACGACAAGCGGUACACGAAUGACAUACGUUACUGCAAGCUUCUGAUCAAAUAUUUUGACACACUUCCCAACCCGAUAGAGUCGUAUCAGAUGGCAAAGUCGAAAGGGCUGUGUGUUGGAUGCACGGACUUGUACAAGGCCUGGGCGUAUUACUACGAAGCCGUCGGAGAUUUCCAAAACGCAAACAGUAUAUUCGAGGAGGGAAAAAGGAAUCUCGCACAACCUUACGACGAAUUGGAGAUCGCACAUAACAAUAUGAUCAUGGCUGCCGGUCAACACCUCCUGUUCGGCCCGGACGAGAACCGCCUCCAAGAGAAGCGGCACGCUCUGACGUCGCUGCAGCCACGCCACGGCGGCAGAGUCGGCAUGGUGCGCACCGCCGCCUUCCUAUCCGGGCCGGGGGCGGUGACCGGCGGGGGCGGAGCCGUUUCGCGCACCAAUAACAACGCGGCGUGCGCGGUGCACGUGUACGAGGGGGCGGGGCCUCAGCAGAACGAAGCCGCGGCGGCGCCGGCAAGCGUCAUCGGCGCUGUCAGGAGGCAGGACGCCGUCAAGGAGAACGAGCUGAAGCCGGGACCGUGGACGACGGUGCCCGUCAAGAAGAGGGUCGUCGGCGAUAAGGUCGGACCGGCGUUCACCGGACAACGCGACGACGGCCGGCGCAAGCGCCUGCUUCAGCCCUUCGAGCGGGAUCCGGCUCCCCAAAAACCACCCGCGCGCCUGCCUGGAACAUUACGCCGAUUUCCGGGUGAAGAUCAGCUAUCCGGAACCGCCGAACCCGGCAGUGGUGCCGAUGUACCCGAAGGACCGCGUCUACGCCCUCGAGGACACGGAGUUUAGCAUCGAGGAGUUGAGGGCCGAACGGUAUCCGAGGGGCGUGCAACAGGCUCAGCAGUCGCUGCAUGAGUUGAAGAACGAAAUCAGGCAGACACCGCCGAAGGAAGCACCGCACGGAUCUGUUCAAGACUCUCCGAUGUUUUAUCAGGAAUUGCAUACAUCGACGGUCGUCAAACAGCAAACUCCAUUGCCGAAAACUCCAAUCAAGAAGCAAGAAAAUACCUUGUCCGAUCUGAGGAACCCUUUCACAAGUUGGGGCAGAAGUCCGACACAAUCGGAUGAGUUGGACAUUUGGAGUUCGCCGGGAAUAACGACUCCGCCAAAGUCGAGUUUCCAAAUAUUCGAACAGUCGUUGGCCGAAGUCCAACCUAAAGCUCCUAACAAAGGGAGUGCAAUGAAGACUGCUUUCAAAGACUUGAACGCGGAAGAGUUGGCGGAAACAGGAUCUCGCGGAGGCAUGGACGUGGCAGCGAUCGCUCAUCCCACAGAAAGCGCGAGCCAGCAGAGGAACACGGACGUCGAUUCUCCUACUACGUAUACGUUUAAUUUGAAUUUGAAUAAUAUGGCGGUGAGCACGCCGCAGUACAAAAGGACAGUUACGACGGGCGGACAAGUCGAGGAGGCGGCCAGCGGCCAAGUGAAGAAACAGUUAUUUGCGGAGCCCGCCAAAGCGGGUCCUCUGCCGGUUAAUAAGACUGCUGAUAAAGAGAAAGCUUUAAGUACGAUUAUCGAAGAAACGCACACGACUUACGCUUCGUCGUCGAGCUCAAGCGGGGCGACGACGAAAUCCUCCUUGUACACCAACCAAACGAACAAAAUGAACACGAUAUCCGAGGAGCACAACAGCUAUUUGCAACAGAACAUGAUGGUGAACGCCGCGUUAAGGUCCAGCCUGUUGGGAACCAUCAUGGAUCUGGGUACGAGUCCGGCGCCCGAGGAAAUCGUGCCGCCUCCGGCGCCGCCCGCAAUGCCUUCUCCUAUGCAGAGCAGUCCUUUUGAAAGCCCAGCGAGACAGCUACCGAAACCUACCCUGGUAUCCCCAAUCGGCUAUAUACCCUCCGACCCUUUCAAAUCAAGCUUGAUAAACCAGCUGUUAGAGAGGGUCUCGUUUCCGGGCUCCCAUACAGAUGGUUAUAUAGAGUUGCCUUGCAUAAACAAAAUCGUAGCUAAGAAGGAACCAGUAUUCAUAGGGCAAGAAAGGUAUAUUGUAGAAAAGCAAUUGGGAAAAGGGACGUUCGGCGUGGUGUUUAAGGCGUUCGACUUGACGAACAAUAGGAGUGUAGCGAUCAAAUAUCAGAGGCCCGCCAACAAGUGGGAGUAUCACAUUUGUAGGGAGUUGCAGGCGCGGUUAGCCGACCAUCCGUUGAGGGAUAGGUUCAUGGAUGUUUCGAUUGGAUAUUUUAGUGAUCAAGCGUCGAUACUGAUAUCCGAAUUCAUGCCGGGCGGAUCCCUGCUGGAUCUGGCGAAUCUGCACAAGCAGAGAGAACGAAAGCCGAUGAAAGAGUGCUUAGUAGUGUAUUUCUGCAUUCAGAUGUUGGAGAUGGUGCAGGUGAUGCACGACGUAAAAAUCAUCCACGCUGAUAUAAAACCGGACAACUUUCUGGUGUUCAUCCUGCCGAAUAACACGAUAGGGCUGCAGCUCAUCGAUUUCGGUAUGUCGUACUUUUUUCCACAUCUUUUCCUCCUCCUUUUUUUUUAUCCAUUUUCCAGCAUAAUUUCCUCGCAGAGCGCUCCGGUUCGAGCUGAGCAUGGAGGGGAUUGCAUAGAGAGAGGGAACCACCGGGCCACCCCUCCACGACGCCACGUAUUUUAACCGGACAAACCUCGUAUAUCCUGACUGUAAAUACAUAACUUUGAAAUGAAGAUUUAGUAAAUAAUAAAGCAAUUUUCUAUUUGCCAAAUAAGAAUUAGAUGUUGAAAUCCACGCAUGGCUUUAUAUUAAUUUUCAAAUUCAAAGUUUGACCGAAAGACACUUCAUUUUAUUAUAAAUUUGGCGGAUUUCUGUGGACAAUGUUUGACUUUUCGCCGACAGGUUGCGGCAUCGACAUGUCGCUGUUCCCGCCCGACGCCUCGUUCACGAGGCAAGUGACCACGGAGGACUUCGUCUGCUGCGAAAUGUUGGACGGUCGACCGUGGAACUAUCACACGGACCUGUUCUGCGUCGCGGCGACGGCGCACGUGCUGCUCUUCGAUUCGUACAUCAGGCUGAGGAAGCAGGACGGUGUCUGGUCGAUCAUGCAGAGAUUCAACAGGUGGAUGAAGGUGGACCUGUGGAACAUGUUCUUCAGCACGUUGCUGAAUCAGCAAAGCGGCCCGGCGGACACAUCAGCUCUAAGAGCCAUGCUAGACGAAACGCUGUGUAUAUUGAACAAAGAUUCCAGCACUGCUUUGCCGAAUCAAAUGAGAUAUAUCGUGAAUCUACUUAAUAAUCAAUAGUUCGACGUUGUAUUCAAUAUAUAUUGACAUUGAUAUAACAAACGAUGAUUGCAUUAGAAGCUGAAUAAAUUAUUAUCUAGAGUUAA